AUGUCUACAGAAUAAUAAUUUUAUGAACUUACAAAGUUAAUACAUCAGAAUUUGAUAAACUAAUAAAGCUAAGUUCUUGAUUGUGAUGUUGACAAUUUUAUUAUCUAUAUUCUUACUGUUAUCAAUAAGGACUAAGAGGAAACAUAUUCAAAAGUAAUAUAAAAAUUAAAAAUAAGGUUCUGAUUAAUUUUAAAAAAUUAUUUUAGAGUGAGAAAAAAUAACUAUAAAGUCUAUAGAGAUAGAGCAGAAAAAAUUAAUUCACAAUUUUAAUAAUUUAGAUAUUAAACAAAUUUAAAAAUAAAUUAUUUAUAACAAAUCAAAUAUAUGCAAAUAUUGUUGAUAUUGUAUUCAGGAUAAAAAUUACUAAGGUUUAUGAUAGUUUUAUUAAGUGA